AUGUUGGAUUAUGAUUUCGACGACGACGAUACAACAUCUGCAGGCCAUCUCAUGCUGAGGGAGCAGCGCCAGACGCUCCAUUACCUCCGUCUCAUUGAACAUGAAAUGCCCAAACUUGUCGCGUACCGAAAGCCAUUUGUUGUUCCAGAGAACUCCCCACUCAUUGUACGCUCGUUAGAGUACGGUGGGGAAGAUCAUCCAGCAACCUCUAAGCGCGUUGUCGUCGCCGCUGUAGAUGACCUUCCAUUGACUGACGAGCGUUCCGUGCACAAGUUCAAACUUCUCGCUGGCCCUAGAUGGUCGCUAAGGCCACCAACAAACUCUGGCGUUAGCGAUCUGAAGCCAUGGGGAAACGGCUUCAUCAAAAUUUCUUGCGAGGAUUUCUUACAUCCUGCCCAAAAUCUCAAGUGGAUUAGUGAUACAUUUGACCGAUUAAUUGGAGAAGCCAAUAACAAGAAGGAUACAUUCAAGGACGUUCCUCAGGAUGUUCGUCACAUUUACUCCGCGACAAGAAAGGCAAAACGUGGGGAGCACCUUCGGGGACGUGUUCAUGCUCGCCCGACAAUACGUGACUUUCCUCAGGAGUGGUUGCCUGAUCAACCUAUUAGUAGUUCCCGGAGCAUGUAA